CGCCAGACUCCAGAAGACAUCGCUGUGGUCGUGUGGGAUCUCUUCUGCCGGUCUAAUUUCACAUUGCGAAGAGUUUCCAUCAGGCCUUGCGCUCAUCCUGAAGUGUGUUCACAAGAGUCGCAGCCCUGCAUUUCAAAACAGAAGACGAGCAUUUCGCCAUGAACUCUGACAUGGAUGGUGAUAUAGAAAAUCAGGUGGAGUUGGAGGAGAAGGCCAGACUAAUAAACCAGGUUCUUGAGUUGCAGAAUACUCUUGAGGAUCUCUCAGCUCGGGUGGAUGCAGUAAAAGAAGAAAAU